CUCACUGCCAGACUAACAUCCGGUGACGUCAUCGAUAUGUUAUUAGCAGCAAAGCUAAGAAGCGAAAGGCACCGCCAACUUCGGAUGAAUUCGUGAAUUUAAAUAGGAUUUUGAGACAGUAACAGGCGUCCUUAGUGAGUACGUUGCACUCAAUUAUAAGGUCUAGGAGCCGCAGGAUUACCGCUUUGGGAGAAGAGUAAUUCACGAAUGUGUGGAUUUAAAAAUGCAUUUGUGUCCUGUUUGUGCGAAAUCGUUCCCAUCCCCAUAUAAACUUAGGAGGCAUUAUGUCAUCCACACUGGCCAGAAGCCCUUCAUCUGUACAACCUGUGGAAAAUGUUUCACACAGUCUGAUCAUUUAAAAACCCACUUGCAGAACGUCCACCACCCGAGGCUUCCAACAGACUGUUUACAGGAUGCCAUUGCAGCUCAUAACCAACAAGCAAAUGGUAAUAGCCCAGCUGCAAGGAUCAACAUAGACAGCAUGUGUAGGAACAAUGUAAGGCCUUCAACUGUCUCAUCUUCUGUGGCCUCGCAGCCGGAGUGGAAAAGGGAAAGCGUGGCCCCCAAAACUGGAAAUCCACUGAAAAAAAUUCCACGUGUAAAUGACACCACGGUGACUUGGAGCUGUAUCUCAAAUGUUAUGGAUCCAAUGACUACGGAGCAAGUUGAUUCUGCAAGUGAAGACACGUCUGUGUACCUCGGCCAAAACGGAUGCACCAGCAAGGUCCGCUCCAAGUCGUAUAUUUCAUCUCCUCGUCCAACAAAAGAAUUAGAGUGGAGCGGAAAGUCAGGCCCGACUUUUUCCAAACAAGCCCAUUCCAAAGAGCACCUGCAGGAAAAAGAAUUGAGUUCCAGCGGAGGCAAAAUGACUUUAAAACACCGGUGUACCAUCUGUCUCAAAACCUUCUGCUCGCCAUCCAAAUUACAACGGCACUCCCUUAUUCACACGGGGCAGAAACCCCACUCGUGUACGGUCUGCCGGAAAGCCUUCAGGCAGAAGGUACACUUAAAAUCCCACCUCAGUUCGGAAAAUAGAUGCUCACUUUCUGUCGCUGCUGAAAGGAAGAAGCACAUUUUUUUUAGUAGCAGACAAACCUCAGGUCUGCUGCUUCAGCCAUCAAUUCAGCAACGUCCCUCCGGCCAUCAAACUCCUGCAAGUUCCUCAGUGGAGCUGGAACUACAGUGUAAAAUAAGUGUAAAUGCUGUGCAGGACGUGGACGAGGCUGAAGCCAAGUCGGAAGCAGCCGUAAAGCCAGAGCAGUCAGUCAAUGAUGGCGGUCAGUGUCGGAGUAUGUUUGACGGGUCAGAUGAACAAGAGCAGGAAUACAUUCCACAGGAAUCCUUGAAACCAUUUCAGUGCAUGAUUUGCAACAGCUCCUUGCGGUUGGAUGGUGACUUAAUAUGUCAUCAUAAAAUAAAUAGGAACCAAGACGAAUUGGGAACUCUCACCACAGCGCAAAAUCGCAGCAACGUGGAAAUGCCUGAUUCUGAAGCAAUCCGACACUCGCCUCAACCCGAUCUUGCGGAUCCCCUCGAUUUGAACGUCAUUGUAAAACCAGAGUCAUGGAGCGUCGAUUGCACUGAUCACAAAGACUCUCUUCCUCCGGAUUGCGAGGUAAUCCCGUCAGCGCAACAGCCGGGGAAACCUCGCAACGACGCCAGCGAGCGGCACAAAAUCCACCGGUGUCAGAUGUGUUUAAAACGUUUCCCAUCGACGUCAAAGCUGCAAAGGCACAUGUUGACUCACACCGGACAGAGGCCCUUCGGCUGUGAGGUGUGUGGCAAGAGAUUCCGGCAGAAAACGCACUUGAGGGUCCAUUUUCGCACGCACCUGUGGUCCAGAUACCACAAGCAACGCUCGUUGUAUAUUAACCGGCCACCUUCCCGCGUAGGUGGCUUAAACAGGACCGCAGCAGACGUGCCGGUCCUGGAAAUGUUGCUUCAUGAGAAUUUAGAGACCCACAGUGGCCACGAUGUAGUCUCCCUGAAACCUCCGACUCCGUCCGUGGGGGGUUUCCAGCGUGACAACGCGAAAUGGCAUAAGUUGUCGCCGCGUGUCUCAAAGAACAGCGAGGUCGUGCGUAAGGUUUCCACGGUGCGUGUGGAAAGGACACCGAUGGCUGGUCCAAUGCCAAAUCCGGGCAACGUGCAACACAAGUGCCUCCAGUGUUUAAAGUGUUUUCCGAGCGCUUCUAAAUUAGAAAGGCACGAGAUGGUGCACACGGGCUUGAGGCCGUUCCACUGUGUUUUCUGUGGGAAAGCAUUCAGGCAAGCCGCGCACCUCAAAACCCACCAAAAAACUCACUGUGAGAGGAAACCAUCCAAGCCGGUCAAUCAACAGGAGAACAUUAGAAAACUGAAAAGAAAUAGUCAACGGCAGCCACGGAUCAGUGCUCGGAUCCCCGGACAGAAUAUACCUCUGAACAGAGACGGUCCACUCUCCUAUUGUGAUGGCACGGAAGGUGCUGAAGGCAGCGCAUCGCUGUGCACCAGGCGCACGCUGCCUGUCACUAAAGUGAGCAGUCCGCUUAAGACAAACUCUAAAAGGAAAGUUCACUCGUGCCGAAUAUGCUUUAGGAGCUUUGCGUUUCCCUACAAGCUGUCCAGGCACUUGGCCACUCACUCUGGGACGCGGCCGUACAAAUGCACGUUGUGCAGCAACACUUUCACACAGCUCGGACAUCUGAAGGUUCAUGAGCAAAGAUGCGGACAGGGUGACAGGGUCUCACAUUGCAUUGAAGGAGAGGUGGUGACUACCAACCAUCUCCAGGACGAAUGCCUCGAUGACCUCACUGAUUGCGCAGAUUUUAAUGCGGACGCAACAAGUGUUGGUCCCUCAUUUGCUGAUAUAGGUUCAACGUAUUUCUCAGAGGCAGAACACACUGAGUGGUUGGCAGUUCCAGAAGGCUUACAAAAGGAGAAGAAUGAAUUGGAGAAAAAGAUGAGGGACGACUGUGGUCAGGCUACAUGCAGCUAUGAUCAGGAUGAGGACCAUUAUAAUUAUUCAUUUCCCUCUGAACUCUCUGUUGAAAUAGACAAGCUGGUCCAGAAUCAUAACAGGGCAGCUCCACUUUUCUCGCAGUAUAAGAGCAAUGCGUAUAAUGUCAAAGUAACAUGUCCGCCCAAAGGGAUUAUGGCUGUUUCAGAUGGCAACAAGCUGCUUAAGGAUCAAUGUGUUACUUCUUCGGUUGAGAAUCAAAUGCAGCCAGAGAAUUCUUGGUGUGAACCUCUGAAUGGGUUUGAAAAUGACACGCGCUCUGCAAGUCACGAGAGUGAAGACGAUCUUGAGCAGUAUUUAACUAACGUUCAUCGUAAAACAAAAGAGUCAGUUAGGGAGAAUCGCUGUGACAUCUGCUUCAAACUGUUUGUGUCUCCGUCUAAACUUCGAAGGCAUUUUCUCAUCCACACGGGUUUGAGGCCGUUUCGGUGUGACAUUUGUGGCAAAACAUUCACACAGUCAGCACAUGUCAGAACACAUCAACUGACCCAUUGAUAUCGAUCAGACUUGACGUGUAAAGUGUGUAUUUUACUACUACACACCGACAAAUGACUAUAAUGAUAGUCAUUUGUCAGUAACAUGGUGUUUGAGUUGACUGCAUAUAUGUAAAAUAUGUAGUGGAUGUCUAAAAAUACAGACUUUAUAUAUUUUUGUAUUUCAAUUAAACUUGUUUCAUAUUGUA